AUGGGUCGACAGUCGCAUAUUGCGCGUCUAGCUUUGGGAAGGUCUCCAUUUGGUCCUCCACUAGAAGACGAGAAGGGAGACUUUAUCAUUGGACCAAAUGCGCAACGUCAGACAGACCAUGACUAUAUCCAGCAGUUCGACGAUCGAGGCCAUCCAAGAAAUCUUGCUUCGGAGACAUUGAGGAGGCGACUGCUUCGAGCUCAAAAUGAGGCUCUGUCAACAGUCGGUGUCGUUGUUCGCAAAGCACAAAUGCAACGGUCCUGGUGGCAAUCCAUGAGUGACAUGCAAAGAUACCGACUUCUUUUGGACGAACAUGCCACUGGUGCUUACUGCGAGAUUGUCGAGACUAUUGCCCAAAAUGUCGCUACUCACUGGAUAAUCAACUUCCGCCGACGGCUCCUUACCUUCAAAUCUUACUUGGGAUUGCCAAUUCCUCAGAUGCUAUUCUCUGAGUGGAACAUUAUGGGCCCGAGUGCUUUCCUGUUUGCCGGCUUCUUCCCUGGUACAAUUGCGCGUGUCAGCCAAUUGCUCAGAGUCGCAAUACUAGAAGACGAAAGAAUCAGGAUUUCGAAGUCAAUGCGCCCUUCUAGGUUUUUCAGUCUAUCGAAUAUUGGCAGGUUACUUCGCUGGUCAAGCCUGCAAGUCCUAUGGUUUGCUUUCGAAUACCCGUUCCACGCCUAUUCCGUCCUACAAUCGCUAUACCUCAUCCCGCUGCAUCCGGCGCCCUCCUGGUCAGCCAUGAUACCCUUCAGCAGCCAUUCCCCCAUUCGGAUGUCUCUGGACGCAUCAGACUUGUUUUUGGGGUCCUCUACCCAAUUACUAGUGAAGACAAUUUCCAGUCCCUUCGUCUUGGCCCUCGUCAGAGACCUGAUUGGCAACUAUCUCUUCAAAAAGGUCUACGUUAUUGUCCGUCAAAUGGUGGCCAAACCCGACCGGCCAGAUCGAAUAUCGCUACAAAGUGCCAGAAAUUUGAACCUUGAGACCGCAUCUGUCGAAUUGGAAGAGGCUAUUUUCGGCGACUCGGGUGAAAUGGGCCCACGGUCUAUGAGAGAAACUAUUCAGGCAAUAAUUCCAGCCUCGUUAUGGUUUUGGGUUCGGGUCAUUCAAACACAAAGAGUUCCAUUGGCCGUCGAGCUAAGCCCGAAUAUUGAAAUAGAGCUGCUGGGACGGAGCGCUAUGCAUUACCGAGCACUAUAUCGACAGAAUCGCGAGCUUGAUCUCAGACGUGCGCCGAGGACCCUUCGAGUCAUGGCUAUCCGUGCCGCCUUUCACGAUUUCAAUUUGGAUCCGGACCACUCGAUGAUUGACAUAUUUGAAUUGGCGGAUGAUGUAAGCUUUUUGGCGUCGAGUUCGGUGUCUACUUCGACACCGGAGCCAGAAAACCUUACGCUCUUUACAGAAGCGGUAACCGGCCCCGGCACUGCGAGCGAGGCUCGAGGUGACACCGAACCUGAGAUUGCGCAGGGAGAGCGCCAAUCUGGGAAUAACCAAACUGUAGACAAUGCGAACGCUGAGAAUCUCCUUGUCUGGAGCGACACGCACGAAGAAACCGACGACCCUGACAGGCCCCUCCCGUUCUCAGGCGGUCCGACUGUGGAUGGAGAAAGUGUUCAGCCCACCGUUCCGCUGGAGACCCUUCUUGAGCCGGUCCUGCAUGAUACCGCGGACUCAGGAGAAUUACGACCAGCGAGCCCAGUCCCAGCUACGCCGGAUCAGGGGUCUCCUGUCAUUGAAAUCCCAUCCCAGGGCUCUCCUCUACAACGAACGCCAUCCCCUAUCUCCCCUAUCCCGGGCAUAUCUCGUGCGGCAAGUUUACCCCACACAACACCAAGGCCUGUGCGCCGUCCGACAGUCAUAGAACAGGAUGCACCAGCAAUGGGAGACGAGAUGUUACAACGGCGUCAACCGCAGUCGAAGGAUACACGCAAAGCAGAUGAAAGUCUCUACCGUGUGACUGUUCUUUCAAACCACCCAGCUGAAGCAUUCGCACAUUAUAUGACCUCAAUCAUUGAGUCGAUUGUCCUGCUCCCGCUUGACAUUAUGUUCUUAAGGUCAUUAACUCGAGGAUUUCUCACCCAGCAAUCCGAAGAUCAACACAUGGCCAGGGCCUCUUCACUGCUUAGCGAUGUAUGGCCUCUCACGUCAGGACUGGGAGUGCGAGACCUUUCUAUGGUGCAAAGACUGCAAUUCUGGGGCAAUUUCUUCCUCACGAUUGGCAUGCAAGGGUUGGUAAACUUUGUGAUAUGGUCAGUCGGUACACAGGCAACCGUGAGUCUGGGCGAGAGAUUUGGCUGGGGGAACAUCUGA